AUGGAGGCCUGCCUCCUCUACUCGCUAGCACUCUGGGGCGCAUUCAACCUCCUCAUUCUCCUAUCCUCUCAUACCGACCACGCAAAUAGUGCCCACAACCGUGACGGCACAGGAUGCGACUGCGGCGGAUCCGUCGCCGAGGCCAUCUCGCGUGACUGCAAGUUCGACGGCCUAGCCAUGGCUUGGCUCCCACCUCACUGUCGUGACGACGAGUUGGCCGCGGAAUUCAACACCGUGGGCGACGGGCCUAACGGUACUUGGAUCUACUACGCGGACAGCGAGCGCACCAUUCCCAUGGAUGCCAGUGAGGUGGCGGCGUUGGCGGACCAGCCGACGGCGUUGGUGCACAUGAGUGUCCAAUGGCACACCCUGCACUGCAUUUUCUAUUGGCGCAAGCAGUUCCGCACGCGGUUCAAUGGGAAGAUUGUGGAGCCUCGAUCGGACUCGGAGCAUCAUAUCAAGCAUUGUGGAGAGAUUUUCUUAUCGCCAGGGUCAGGAACCAAAUCGGGGGUAGCGCUUGUGACCAACAACGAUAUCAUUCAAUGCUUAUUGCCCAUGGCUAGGUGGUCCUAUCAGUCUGUGAAAGGUGACGGUGACAAUGAGGAGUUGACUCUGUGUAUUCUAUGUGGACCACCCACAGUAAUCAGCAAUUCCACUCCAUCAUCGACGACAACGCUGUCGAGUCUAUUGAAGGCUUGGGCAAAAGGCCUAGUCUUGCAGAGCUCUUCCAACUGUGGUGUCUUAGUCUCCCUCAAUGGCCAUGGCCAAUUCAGAUUAUGGCUCUCUGCUAUCCAUCAGGACUCUUUCUUAACGUUCGAGGAAACUGUUGAUCGGGCCACGAACUUCUUUCUGCAAGCAGAUUCCGUAUCAGCCUGCUUCAGCUUCACCAUCGCUUCGUCAUUUGAUUUUGGCUAUUUGCUCUCCAUAAUAAGAGCCCCUGCAGCUUGUAAUACCUUCGUGCCCAGCAUCAAUCAUCCAUUGGUCCUAAAGAAGGUCAGGAAGGACCUAUGUCGGGGUGCCCCUUGGCUUGUCUUGAUCAGCCUGUCAAUCCUUCUAUUUGUGAUAUGUGUCGUCGUGUCCGCCCGCCUCCGACUUACAUUCCGCGGCUCAAGUGCCAGCAGCUCCCCGGACACAUUCUGGCUGCAGUGGAACACCAGCCACAGUCUCGGCCUCGAGCAUCAACUUCAGUUCACGCGUCCCUGGUCCAGCUUUUUGGAUUAUUUCGGGGAGGAGCGACGGGAGCAGCCGUGGUUCGUCCGGUUGGACGAUCAAUCCAUGGUACCGGUCGACCUCAUUGAUGAGAGUGAACAGAAGUACCAACGGUGGUUUCAGGAACGGUAUCCGGAGAUGGAGCAAGUCCGGCAGAGCGGUGACUAUCUGAACACCUCUUUCUGGGAGAAUCCAUACGGGGUGCAGAUUGCCACGGACGCCCUUUUCCACCCAGCGCACUGCCUCCUGGCGCUGCGGCGGUAUUGGCGCGCCAGGGAGACAGGUCGGCAUGUCUGCCCGCGUGAUAUCGACUUUCAUCACGUGAAGCAUUGUUUGGAUUCCCUAGAUGCGGUGCUGUUUGUUGAUGAUGUUGCUAAGAAGGGUCCCGUACUACCACAGGAUUCGGAUAGUCGAAUGCCGUGGUUGCACGUCGCAUAUAAGAUGUACAACUCUGAUAAUCUACCCUUAUUCGUGGAGUCCCUUCAAGAAUUAGACCCUCCUUUCCUUGAGUUAAGAAAAUGUCAGAGACAAAUGGCUAUCUUAGAAAACUAG